GCACAAAUUAAGCGCGUGUAGCUAGCUAAUAUAAGCAGCUACUAGGUAGACACUCCAGUUGGUUGCAGGAUGUCGUCGUCGUCGUCGUGGGUUGUGGAUGUCGACUACGCUGAGCCGCAGGCGCACGUGGAGGUGGAGAGAUGGGUGGUGGACAUGGAGAAGAAGGUGGAGGACGCGGAGCCGCGGGCCAAGGUGGAGAGAUGGCCCAAGCACUGCAUCUUCCGCGUCCCAUCGCGCUUCAAGAGCAAGAUGGUGGAUGGAAUGGCGAGCAGCGUAUUCAAGCCGCAGACGGUGUCUCUCGGUCCAUUCCACCACGACGACAAGGACCUGAAACCCAUGGAGGAGCACAAGCUGAGGGCCGUCCGUCACCUCCUCCGUCGGGACCAUGGCGGUGGGUGCGGCAAGCUGACGCUUCGCGGGCUCGUCGCCGCCGUGGAGAAGGUGGGCGACGAGCUGGAGGACUCCUACAUGGACCUUGGCGACGAGUGGCGGGGCAAGGAGAACAGGGGCAAGUUCCUUGAGAUGAUGAUCACGGACGGCUGCUUCCUGCUGGAGGUGAUGAGGACCACCAUAGCCAUUGGUGGGAAGGGGUACGUUCCCAAGGACUACGAGCAUGGUGACCCCGUCUUCAGCUGGCACGGCAUCCAGCACAUCGGCCCAUUCGUCCAACGCGACAUGCUCCUGGUGGAGAACCAGUUGCCGCUGAGGUUGCUCGACAAGAUCAUCGCAGUGGAGGAAGGCACAUCUCCGAGCGCGGGUUCCAUAAACUCCAUGGUGCUCAAGUUCCUGGGAAGGGAAGAUGUCCCGGAAGGGACCGGGCUGGGACUCCAUCCGCUCGACAUCUACCGAACCAGCCGGCUGAUCAAGGGCACAAGAAUUAUUAAGAUGAAGAAUAACGGGAAGGUUCUUCACAGGGACAGGGGCGUGGAGGAGGAGACGAUGUCAGCGGCAGCGGCAACGGAUCAGGUUCGCCCGCAGAAAGUGAAAGUGGUUCCCCGAUCGGCGUGGAAGCUGUCGGAGGCAGGGAUCCGAUUCGUGCCCAACAAGACAGGCUGCCUCGACGAUAUCCACCUCAAGAACGGGAGGCUGCACAACGGGACGCUCUACAUGCCCAAGGUCCACAUGGACGAUUCCACCGCCUACAGGAUCCACAACAUGAUGGCGUUCGAGGCCAUGCACGUCGGCACCGGCAACGACGUGACUGCCUACGUGCUGUUCCUCAAGGACCUCAUCAACUCCGCCGACGACGUGCGCCUACUGGAGAGGAAGGGGAUCCUGGAGCACGACCUCGCCGCCGACGACGAUGCGGUGGUGAGGCUCUUCAACAGCCUCACCAGAGACGUGUCCAAGAAUUGGAAGAGCCAUUUGUGCCAGGUGCGCGACGACAUGGAGCAGCACUACCGCAGCAACCAUCUGCGUGUGUUUCUAUAUGAGGCAUGGUCAAACCUCAAGAGCAAAUACUUCAGGAGCCCCUGGACAUUCCUCGCCCUUGUCACCGCCAUCUUGCUCGUCGUCGGAGAUAUCGUGCAGGCAAUGUAUGCAGUCAUGUCCUAUGAUCCUAAGCCCAAGAUGCAUUAAUAACCAGCAAAA